AUGUUCAAAGCUGCUAUUACAAUUGCUCAACGAUAUAACAUCACCAUCGGAGGACAAUUCAUUGGAUGGGAAACGAUACAAAUGAGUGACAAUGUCAUCGAAACUCUUCAUCUUACAUGUGAAGCUGUGUCUAAUUCUAAUAUUGUUAGUAUCGUAGGUCCAACCUUUUCUGAUGAAGAACAAAUUAUUCCUUUAUUUGCCAAUAGAAUUGGUUUACCAUUAAUAUCAUAUAAAAUUACAAAUCCUGACUUCUUUGAUCGAGAACAUUAUCAGAGAUUCUAUUACACUAUUCUAUCAAAAUUUAAAAUCUCAGAAAAUACUACCAGCGAAUCGAACAACAUGACAUUAUUAGAUACUGCCUUUGAGAUCUGGAAGCAAUAUGAACCAGAAUCAUUUCCUGGAGUGUCACAAGUUAAUCCCUAUAGUUUGUUUGUUCUUGAUGCAACCUGGCGAUUAAUUCAAUUUCUGCAAUAUUACUGUACAACAGAAAGAAAGAAUUCGACUUCGUGUUUUUCAUUCGUAAAAAGUUCAACUUGUUUCAAUCGUCGAUUAAUUCAAUCAGAUUCACUAUUGACGAGAAUUCAUACAACUGAAUUUAUUGGUGUCAAUGAUACUUACACUUAUAUGAAAACUCUGAAACAUCCUUCCUACCAUAAUAGAUCAUUGUCACGCAUUCCAGAAUAUGCUGCUGUUAGAAACUGGCAAGCACACACAAACGGCAGUAAUAAUGUUUGGGCAGCGAAAUCAAACGUUUUGUCUCGAGAUAUGGCAAUUCUAAAAGGUAUUCAUCUACGUAUUGGUGUUAUUGCUUCAACACCAUUCACAAUAGUUAAUUCUAUAAUCGAUCAAUCUGGACAGAAUAUUACACAAUUAUCUGGUUAUGUACCUGAUUUAAUUGAAUUAUUGCAAAAUCAAAUGGGAUUUAUUGCUGAUAUUCAGUUAGCAUCAUCAAAUCAAACGUAUACUGGAUUAAUUCAAGCGGUAUUAAAUGGUACUUAUGAUAUAGUUGUUGCCGAUAUCACUGUGACCAGUAGUAGAAGACAGUUGGUUAGUUUUUCCAAUUCAAUCUUUGAUAGUGCUCUAUGUUUGCUCAUACGAAAAACUUCCGAGUCAGAUUUGGAUCUGCUAGCUUUUCUAAAACCAUUUUCUCGAAAUCUCUGGUUAUUAAUAUUAGGAGUGGCGUUUUUCGCCAGUAUCUUAUUUUGUUUCAUCGAAAGACAAGAGAAUGAAGCAUUGCAAAAAAUAUCAAAAAGUUCGUCAAUGAUAAUGAGUAUGUGGUUCUCGAUCGGAACAAUAAUGGGAUAUGGUGCUGAUUACCAGGGGCGUACAGCAGCUGGACGUAUUUUAACCGUUGGUUUGUAUAUGUUAAGUAUGGUUUUAGUAGCAUCAUAUACAGCAAAUUUAGCAUCUAAUCUAACAUUAUCUAAGUCGAAGAAUAUCAUUUCUGGGAUCGAAGAUGUCAAAGAUGGAAAAGUCGCAUAUAAUCGUAUUGGCGUUCGCACCGGUACAGCAGGUGAAAGUUAUUUUUUGAAUGAAAUAUCUAAUGGAAAUCGAAAUUAUUAUUCCAUGCAAUCUGUUCAAGAUAUGAUUGAGAGUCUGCUUUCAGAUAAAGUCGAUGUGUGUUUAAUGGAUCGUAGUGCCGCAGAUUAUCUAACUAAUAACAUCUAUUGUAAUUUAACUAUUGUAGGUGAAGAUUUCUAUCCAAGUAUAUUUGGAAUGGUUAUUCCACAAGGUUGGAUAUAUGAACAAGAUUUAGAUAUUCAAGUUUUAUCAUUAAGAGAAAAUGGUUCAUUGGACGAUUUGAAAACGAAAUGGUUUAAGAUGGGAAAUUGUCCUGAUGUAACAAAUGUAGGAAGUGCUAUGGGAAUCAAGCCGUUAGGAGGACUAUUUCUUACGUUUGGAGUGAUUUGUGUCUUAGUCAUAGUUAAGUUUCUAUGGAGAAAACGAUGUUUUUGUCGACGCUGUCCACUAUUAUCAAGAUUUCCUAAGACAGUCGUCUUUAACAACAAUGCCAGUAACUCGGUCAUAAACAUCUAA